ACUCCAGAAAAUGUCGUUAAUGAAUUUGAAAUAGUUUGCUUCUGUAAACGUUAAACCGUCCUCUUUCUGGGCCCUAUCGCCAGAACAUCAUACAUAAUCAUAUUUUUAUUCUUCAUAAUAAUCCAAAAACCCAGAUUUCUCUUUAAUUUCUUCAUCAAUUCUAUUUUGAUUUUCUCUCUUCUUGAGUUCUUUCUUACUUGCUCUGGAAUCCUUUAGACUUCUUUGCUAGUGAGAAAAGAGAAAGGAUGAGUGGGAGCGAGCCAACUCGAGUGCUGAUAGGGGUGAACCAAUCCAGCAUUAAAGGCUAUCCUCAUGCCUCCAUUAGCUCCAAAGGUGCUUUUGAAUGGACUCUCCAAAAGAUCGUGCGAGACAAUAUUCCUGGCUUCAAGCUCCUCUUUCUCCAUGUGCAAGUCCCUGAUGAAGAUGGAUUUGAUGAUAUGGAUAGCAUAUUUGCAUCACCUGAUGAUUUCAAAAGCAUGAAAGCCAAAGAAAAGAAUAAAGGACUUCAUCUCUUGGAGUACUUUGUUCAAAGAUGUCAUGAAAUAGGGAUUGCUUGUGAAGCUUGGAUUCGGAAGGGUGAUCCACAAGAAACUGUUUGCCAUGAGGUGAAGCGGGUUCAGCCUGAUUUCCUUGUUGUGGGAUGCAGGGGACUUGGACCUUUCCAGAGGGUAUUUGUGGGUACUGUCAGUGAGUUUUGUGUCAAGCAUGCUGAAUGCCCUGUCAUUACAAUCAAACGGAGUGCAGAGGAGACUCCUCAAGACCCUGUAGAUGAUUAAAAUGUUGGUGUUGUGGCUGAACCAUGGUGCUUUGUAUAUAGACCUGAUUUUAAGAUUGUGAACGUUGUGUAAAUUUGAAUUCGAGUGAAAAUUGGGGGCUUAAGACUUGUUUUUUAAUGACAAUGAAUUGAAUACGAUGCGUUGUGGUGAUCUCUUGCAGAGUCUGCUUUAAGGUCUUCAUACUGUACAAUAUUUGUAAUAUAAGUUCUAUAUUGUAUACUGUA